CUAGACUAGUAGCAUCAUACUAUGUGUGGUUUCCAACGAUCUAUGAUGAAAUAGGCACCGAAUGAUCUUGAGUCAAAAUUAGUUUCAAGCAAUAUGUGUUUAAUGGAUUUCCUAAUUAAUUAUUGCUACGUUCUUGCAAAUACUUUGCCGGCUUAUCUGAUGAAUCGAUGACUCGUGUCAUAAAGGAGAUCUACAUAGGGUUCCAUGCUUUACAUGAUUUCUGUGGUAAUUUUUGCUGUGAGUUUUUGGUAUGUGUAAGUUACAGUAAUGGCGUUUACUAAUAGUGAUUCUUAUUUUUAUCUGCUGGAUAAUUGAUCUGCCCUAGAGUAAAUCAAGUACAGGAUUUAGGCUGGUUGAGAAAGGCAUAAGAGGUUUGCCACAGUUUUUAACUAGUUGUUUAUAUAGAAAAUCAUUUAUCAAAGAAGAAUAAUAUGGCUUGGUCAUUAAUCUUCUUGGUGAAGCGUUUGGGUACUUCUAAUGAGCAUCUAGCACCCGUCAAACUACAGGAGCUGAUAAAAUGAGUUUCAAGACACAAGCUUAAUUCGAAAGAUUUUGAAGACAACCAUAGAAGAUCAAAGAUCGUGAAAUUGAGUUUGAGCGUUGUAUUUGUUGCUUCAGGUUAUCGGAGUUAAGUUGAAUGGUGAUUCAAUACAUUUAUAGAAGAUCGGAGAUCAUGAAAUUGAGUGUGACUCAAAAGGUGGAGGUGAUUUUGAUACUGAUUAAAAGAGAAAAGAAUGAGCACUAGGCCAGUGCCAAGGAGAGAAAGCCCCUGGGGUUUACCUGAAGGUGACACACGACAGCCUGUGGCACACAGAUGCAAUGAUCGUGCAGAGGAUGUUAUCCAGGCUUUGUUUGAAGGAAAUCCAUUAAAAAAAGUUCCGGGCCCUUUCAAGCUCUUCUGGCAAUGCAUGCGAUCUAAGCCCGGGGAGGAGCCAACGGAACCUUUCUACUACUUGCAACUGGAUCCACCAAAAAAGGAAGAGGCCAAAUUAGAGUAGCAGGGAUGAUAAAAACUUACAAAACAUAGCCUUUUUUCUGUUAGCACUUGAAAUAAUUUUGACAGACAAUGUCAUUGUGAAUAACGAGCCUUGAUCCAUCCAUUUUGUAUUGGGAAAACAAAUCUUGCUUCAUCACUUGUUGGAAGAUUCUAGUUGAUGUUUUCAAGGUUGUCUUGAUUUGUUUGUUUCAAAUUAGAAACAUAUUGGUCGAUGUCAUGUAGGAAUCUUGUUCUGGCAUGGCAUGGCAUGGCAUGGCAUGCGAAUUGUUGGACAAGCUUGAUCCAUUUGUUGCCUCUUAUUUUUUUA